ACGGCCUUAAUUUAAAACAGACGCACAACUGCAGCGAGUGCGCGGGGGUGGGGAUAAAAGAAAAACUGUGCUCGGGUUUCUCUAAUGUGGUCCGCUGUGUCGAUUAGAAUAACAUUCCUGCUAGACUGUCUGGAGCUCUAGGGAUCUUCGAGGAUGGCAGUGAGGCAUCAUUAGAUGUGAUCGCUUCUAAUGGCGCUCGGUGGAUUUAAUCUUCAUCGCGGAGUGAAACGCGUCCUCGACACCCGGAUGUUGCGAAGAUGCGCUCGUGGAGCUCAAGGCAUCAGCAUCAACAUCAGCAUCAGCAUACACACCAGUCAAAACAUGAUAGAUAAGAUGGUUUAAUGUAGCCACGCGAACUGGAAUAUAGCAAAUAAUAGAAACAUUUUCAAUGUGGAGGAGGAGAUGGACGAGCCAGAGGAACCGACUGAAGGGGCAAACUAUGCCAGUGGCACCAGAGCUCCCGCCUCUAGUGAUGCUCCUCCUGUCUGGUCAGAAACACCGUCAAUCACCAGCCAUCACUCGCCGGCCCAGUCCGCCGCGCUCUCCUGGCAGGCCGCGAUUAAUGCAGCCAGACAGUCUCAGGGCACCCCCAAAACCAUGAACUUCUCUGCGGCUGCAAGCACUGCUCCGGCCGGCUCGCUCGCCCAGAGGAAACGCCAGCAAUAUGCCAAAAGCAAGAAACAGGGAAGCACCACUAACAGCAGACCUCCAAGAGCACUUUUCUGCCUGACUCUCAAUAAUCCUGUGCGCAGAGCGUGCAUUAACCUAGUGGAGUGGAAACCUUUUGAUAUCUUUAUACUGCUGUCAAUAUUUGCCAACUGUGUGGCCUUAGCUGUUUACAUCCCCUUUCCUGAAGACGAUUCCAACUCAACUAAUCAUGAUUUGGAAACGGUAGAAUAUGCCUUCCUGAUCAUUUUCACGAUUGAAACCUUCCUCAAGAUCAUAGCUUAUGGACUUGUGAUGCACCAGAACUCCUAUGUGAGAAACGGCUGGAAUAUGUUGGAUUUUGUCAUCGUCAUAGUAGGUCUCUUCAGUGUCGUGCUGGAGCUGGUAACCAAAGAUCGAGAUGUCAGCGGGCAGUCAGGUGGCAAGCCGGGCGGGUUCGAUGUCAAGGCUUUACGAGCGUUUAGAGUUCUGCGGCCCCUCCGUCUGGUGUCAGGAGUGCCAAGCUUACAGGUAGUGCUGAACUCCAUCAUUAAAGCCAUGGUUCCUCUGCUGCACAUUGCUCUGCUUGUACUCUUCGUCAUCAUCAUCUAUGCCAUCAUCGGGCUGGAGCUGUUCAUCGGGAAGAUGCAUGCAACCUGCUAUCUAAACGGCACGCGUGCAUUAGCAGAGGAGGACCCAGCUCCCUGUUCUCUUACUGGUCAUGGGAGACACUGCCCUCUCAAUGGCACUAUGUGUAGGGAUGGUUGGCAUGGGCCCAACAAUGGCAUCACAAACUUUGACAACUUCCUGUUUGCCAUGCUGACUGUCUUCCAGUGUAUCACCAUGGAGGGCUGGACUGACGUGCUGUACUGGAUGAAUGAUGCUAUGGGCUCUGAGUUACCUUGGGUCUAUUUUGUCAGUCUGGUCAUUUUCGGCUCCUUCUUUGUCCUCAAUCUAGUAUUGGGCGUUCUCAGUGGAGAGUUCUCUAAGGAGCGUGAGAAGGCCAAGGCUCGUGGAGAUUUCCAGAAACUGCGUGAGAAGCAGCAGCUUGAGGAGGAUCUGAAGGGAUAUCUGGAUUGGAUCACACAAGCUGAGGACAUCGACCCUGAUAAUGAUGAGGAGGGAGAUCAAGAGGCCAAACGCAGCCGGGUUACGCUGGGCGAUCUCACCCACAGGAAGAACACGGGAAAAUCGGGCUCGUUCAGUCAGUCCACUGAGACUCAUGCAAGCAUCCCCACAAGUGAGACAGAGUCUGUGAACACAGAGAAGCCAGGAGAAGAUGAGAAAGUCUGCUGUGGGCCCAUCUGUCAGAAAUUGACAAAGUCGAAGUUCAGCCGCUGGCGUUGCUGGAACAGGUUUUGUCGCCGGAAGUGUCGAGCUGUGGUGAAAUCCACCCUCUUCUAUUGGCUGGUGAUUCUGCUGGUGUUCCUCAAUACACUCACAAUAUCAUCCGAACAUUAUAACCAGCCCGACUGGCUCACGGAGGUCCAGGGUGUGGCUAAUAAGGUGUUGUUAGCCCUGUUCACAUGCGAGAUGCUGAUAAAAAUGUACAGUCUGGGGCUGCAGGCAUACUUUGUGUCACUUUUCAACCGCUUCGACUGCUUCGUAGUUUGCGGAGGCAUUGUGGAGACGAUCCUCGUGGAGCUUGAGAUCAUGUCUCCUCUCGGCAUCUCAGUGUUUCGCUGCGUCCGGCUCCUCAGAAUCUUUAAAGUCACACGUCACUGGGCGGCUCUGAGUAACCUGGUGGCAUCUCUUUUGAACUCCAUGAAGUCCAUUGCAUCCCUACUGCUGUUGCUCUUCCUCUUCAUCAUCAUCUUCAGUUUGCUUGGCAUGCAGCUCUUCGGAGGGAAGUUUAACUUUGACGAGACUGUUACCAAACGAAGCACUUUUGACAACUUUCCUCAAGCCCUGCUGACUGUCUUUCAGAUCCUGACGGGUGAGGAUUGGAAUACAGUCAUGUAUGAUGGGAUCAUGGCAUAUGGGGGCCCCUCCUCCUCAGGCAUGCUUGUGUGCAUCUACUUCAUCAUCCUCUUCAUCUGUGGAAACUACAUCUUACUGAACGUCUUCUUGGCCAUUGCUGUGGAUAACCUGGCAGAUGCUGAAAGUCUGAACUCAGCCCAGAAAGAGGAAGAGAAGAGGAACAAGAGGAAGAAAAGCAGGAGUAUGAGCAUACACACGAGAGAUGGUGACGAUGGAGACGUCAAGGCAUCUGGUGAUCAGGAGGGUGAUCAGGAUCAGACAGAGGACAUGAUUGACUCCUCAGAGGAGGAUGAGGAAGAUGAGCCCGAGGUACCAUCAGGCCAGCGGCCGCUGAGGCUGUCAGAGCUGAACCUCAGAGAAAAGAUGCCACCCAUCCCAGAGGGCAGCGCCUUCUUCAUCCUUAGCAACACCAACCCGAUCCGUGUGGCGUGCCAUCGGCUCAUCAAUCAUCAGAUCUUCACCAACCUCAUCCUCAUCUUCAUCAUGCUGAGCUCUGUCUCGCUGGCAGCCGAGGACCCCAUCCGUAACUUCUCUGCCCGAAACAUUGUUCUUGGUUAUUUUGACUAUGCCUUCACUGCUAUAUUUACAGUGGAGAUCUUGUUGAAGAUGACUGCGUUUGGUGCUUUCCUUCACAAAGGAGCUUUCUGCAGAAAUUACUUUAAUUUGCUGGAUCUGCUGGUGGUUGGAGUCUCCCUCGUUUCCUUCGGCAUACAAUCGUCGGCCAUUUCAGUGGUGAAGAUCUUAAGGAUUCUGCGUGUGCUUCGACCUCUGAGAGCCAUCAACAGAGCCAAGGGACUCAAACAUGUGGUUCAGUGUGUGUUUGUGGCCAUCAGGACGAUUGGGAACAUCAUGAUUGUCACCACACUUCUUCAGUUCAUGUUUGCCUGUAUCGGUGUGCAGCUGUUUAAGGGGAAGUUCUACUGCUGUUCUGAUGAUGCAAAGACAAGUCCAGAGGACUGCAGAGGGACGUAUAUCGUGUACAGUAUUGGUGAAACGGCACUGCCACAAAUGCGUGAGAGGAUCUGGUACAACAGUGACUUUAACUUUGAUAAUGUGCUGAUGGCUAUGAUGGCCCUCUUCACCGUCUCAACGUUUGAGGGCUGGCCGGCCCUGCUGUACAAGGCCAUCGACUCAAACAAGGAAAACAUGGGUCCCAUCUACAACUACCGCGUGGAGAUCUCCAUCUUCUUCAUCAUCUACAUCAUCAUCAUCGCCUUCUUCAUGAUGAACAUUUUUGUGGGUUUUGUCAUUGUCACGUUUCAGGAGCAGGGCGAGAAAGAGUACAAGAACUGUGAGCUGGACAAGAACCAGCGCCAGUGUGUGGAGUAUGCUCUGAAAGCCCGUCCGCUGAGGAGAUACAUCCCUAAAAACCCGUACCAGUAUAAGUUCUGGUAUGUGGUGAACUCCACGGGCUUUGAGUAUGUCAUGUUUGUGCUCAUCGUCCUCAACACACUGUGUCUGGCCGUUCAGCAUCAUAACUGUGACUUUCUUCUGUCUUUUUCUUCCCACUUUCUGUUUCUUUGUCAAUUCAUCUCUUUCUUCCAAUCCUCCUUUCCUCUCUCAUCUCUCUGUUUCGCUGGGUGUCCGCAGCACUAUUUUGCCGAUGCAUGGAACACGUUUGAUGCCUUAAUUGUUGUUGGUAGCAUCGUUGACAUUGCGAUCACGGAGAUCAAUAACACUGAAGGCAGUGCAAGAAUUUCCAUCACAUUCUUUCGUCUGUUUCGUGUCAUGCGCUUAGUGAAGUUAUUGAGCAGAGGAGAGGGCAUUCGCACGCUCCUGUGGACCUUCAUCAAAUCAUUUCAGGCUCUUCCGUAUGUGGCUCUGCUUAUUGCCAUGUUGUUCUUCAUCUAUGCUGUCAUUGGAAUGCAGGUGUUUGGGAAGAUCGCCAUGGUGGAUGGAACCAGUAUUAAUCGUAACAAUAAUUUCCAGACCUUUCCACAAGCUGUGCUCCUGUUGUUCAGAUGUGCGACGGGUGAGGCAUGGCAGCAGAUCAUGUUGGCGUGUUUGCCUGGCAAACAGUGUGACUCUGAGUCCGACUAUAACCCUGGAGAGGAGAAAAGCUGUGGCAGCAACUUCGCUAUCCUCUACUUCAUCAGCUUCUACAUGCUCUGUGCUUUUCUGAUCAUUAAUCUGUUUGUCGCUGUCAUCAUGGACAACUUUGACUACCUGACGCGUGAUUGGUCAAUUCUUGGACCACAUCAUUUAGAUGAAUUUAAGAGGAUCUGGUCGGAAUAUGAUCCUGAGGCCAAGGGCCGUAUAAAACACUUAGAUGUGGUGACAUUACUGCGCAGGAUUCAACCGCCGCUGGGCUUUGGCAAGCUGUGUCCACAUAGAGUGGCUUGCAAGAGGUUGGUUGCCAUGAACAUGCCACUAAAUAGUGACGGUACGGUCAUGUUCAAUGCCACUCUGUUCGCUCUGGUCAGAACUGCUCUGAAAAUCAAGACUGAAGGGAAUCUGGAUCAAGCCAAUGAGGAGUUACGAGCCGUCAUCAAGAAGAUCUGGAAGAGAACUAGCAUGAAACUCCUGGACCAAGUAGUGCCACCUGCUGGAGAUGAUGACAUCACUGUGGGGAAGUUCUAUGCCACUUUCCUGAUACAGGACUACUUCAGGAAAUUCAGGAAACGCAAAGAGCAAGGUCUUGUGGGACGCCAACCCUAUUUAAACACUACUACUGCCCUGCAGGCUGGUCUGCGCACACUGCAUGAUAUCAGCCCUGAGAUCCGUCGAGCCAUAUCAUGUGAUCUACAGGAUGAAGGUCUAGUAGACGUCAACCUCCAUGAGGAGGAAGAGAUAUACGAGAGGAAUGGGGUUGUGUUUGGGAAUCAUGUGAGUGGAAAUCAGUACGGCAGCGUCACACAGCGUCCUCUGCAGCUCCCGCUUCCUCUGUGCUCCACCCAAAAUUACUGUCCGUCGAUGUCAGACAAAUCAUCCAACUCCAAUAUCAACAAUGCCAACGUGCCAGCGGUCACUGCCUUUCCCAACGGCUGGCACAGUCGCUGCCGGCGGCUCUCUGGGACCCUGGUGUCCUCUUUGAGCUCCUACCUCAACCUCAGGAGUGAUGGAGAACCUCAGCUCAGGACUCACUCCAGAAGGCCGAGCACCAGUGCUGUUGGAUAUCCCAUCAUCCAUGUGGAAAACUCCACCCUUGGUGACAUCAGUGAUGAUGACAGGAACUCUGGGGAGUAUUACAGCGGAGACGAGUUUAAUGAGGAUGAUGUCAUGCUGGCUACAGACAGGUCAUACUUUCAGGACACUUUGAGUGAUGGUGCUCCAGCUGGACAGCAGGAUGCGUGUGAAUGUGUCUGUGAUGAUGGUGAGCAGCUCAUAUCCCAGCAGCCCCAGAGGUCCUCAAAACGACUCCUGCUGUCCACAGCUCAAUCCUCUCACAAACCCGCUUUCCAUUUUGAGUGUCUGCGCAAACAGAACAGCCAAGAUGAGAUUCCCCUGCGUCCAACAGGCCUACCGCAGCAUCAGGUGAAGACGCCGACUGGACAAGAAUCGAGUAGAACACGACUCUCUCCGACUCGCUCCAUCCGCUCCUGGGUCACGCCUCCGGCCACGCCUCCACCCUACACCCCUCUGAUUCAGACCACGCCCAGCGCUAGCAGCACUCCGGGAUUGGUUCACAGGGGCUUCUGGAAUUCCCAGCAGGCCUCUGAUUGGUCGACACGUUCUCCCUCACCCUCGCUCCUGAAGGUUCCCCCCCGACUAAGCGGACAUCACCUGCAGCAGCGGAGCAGCGCUCACAGCCUGGUGGAAGCCGUGAUGAUAUCUGGUGGAUUGGGCAAAUAUGCCAAGGAUCCAAAGUUUGUGACGGCGACAAAACACGAGAUUGCAGAUGCUUGUGACAUGACAAUUGAUGAGAUGGAAAGUGCUGCUAGCAAUUUACUGAACGUGACGCUAGGCCACGGGCCGGAGGCAGACGAGGCGGGCCUGUGUCAGAACAAUCUGCGUGACUACAGUGAUGAGGAGACGGACAUGAGCAAUAAACGUGAGGAGGAUCUCGCAGACGAAAUGAUCUACGUCUCAGUAUUAUAGUAAAGAAUUCAAAAUGCCCCAACAAAACUAAAUAAUGUAGAAAUUGAAUGAAUGAGGUAAUUGUGCCUUUAAAUGGGAGUGUCAUGGAGCGAUCUGCUGGCUUACAUGAACCAAUAGAUUUGGACCUUUUCAUUUAGUUAGCAAACCUUUUGAUAUCUUGGGAAAUUUCCAGCAAGAUCCAAAUGUGAUGGCAUUGCCGACCAAAGUGUUUUCCUCUGGACCUUUUAAGAUCCCUAACCAACUUACCAGCCAAAGUUAAUCAAAGGUACAAAAUAGCAUUUCUUCAGACCCAUUCAAGACACUUUCACCAUUUGAGUCAAGAGUUUUAUUCACACAUACAAGGCUAUUACAAUGGUAAAAACGUCACAAUGAUACCUCCUAGUUGGGUAACUGAACUACGUAGAUUUUAAGUCAUUCAAAUUAAAUGUCGCACAAAUGUGCAAGUCAUGAUUGAAUGUCUUUUUCCUGUUUUUCCGCAUUCAAAGUGUCUAGGUUGGUGACAUUUGCCAUCGUUGACUUCAAAUCUGCUGCAUCACAUCUUUGUGUGGCAUACAGAAACGCAAAUUUAAAUUAUGCACAAAUUAUAUGGACUAUGGAGCUCUGAACUUCAUUUGUGUUUCAUGGAGAAAAAAAAGGUUUGAAACAACAAGGUGAGUGAAUCAUUUUUGGGUGAACGUUUGAUAACACAUAAAUGGAAAGGCGAAUGAUCCAUACUCCUGUUUUCACAUGAUGAAAUAAUGCAAGAUGCCUGUCUUGGUGGUGGAAGAAAAGUACAUUUAUAUUAUUUCCCUACACCGGUCUGUUGAGUAAAUAUGGCUGUAAUAUGCACAAACUAAGGCAUUUAAAUAAUCACUAAUUACACUGAUGAAUCUGUGAUGCAUUAAUAUGUGAACAUGAAUGGUUUCAUAUUAUAUUGACCUGCAUUUUAAGUGGACAUGUCAUAGACUUCAGGUACUCAAACAGAUCUCGCAAAGGGCUUUACACAGCAGCACCGUCCAAAAGCUGUUUCUGCUUCCUUUAUCGGGAGCAAAUCUCACUGCUGUCUGACUCUCUGAACUCUCAGAGACACCGCGAUGGAAACAGCAGCUUCUUUCUCUAGUAGAAGUAGUUACUAAACAUAUCAAAACAAUGAACGCUCGAGUCAUAGAGUCGGCCUGAGUGUGUGUUACUGUUAGUGUGAGCAUAUCUGCCUCGAUACUGAUUAAACCGCUUUGGUCCUCCUGUUCCUUCAGCUGGUCACACAGCAACUGUUUUUAUUUCUUAUUUAUUUUCUAUCUCAUUGGUUCUGUAAUUGAUAAUGAGGUCUAUGUCUCACACACCGGAUGACGUUUGGGCUUAUAUAAAAUAGAAAAUAGUUCACCCAAAACAUGCUGUCAUCAUUUACUAACCCGAAUGUUCGGUCCAAACCUGUAUGGAUACUCAAGUGUUCAUGAUUCAAAAAGGACAAGUGGUAUAAAAGUAUUAUGAAAAUAGUCCAUACAGGUUGUGUGCUAUAUUGUUGUGGCUCAACAGCGUUGAAUGAGGAACAGUCCAACAUCAGUAGGCUAUUUUAUGGGAUCGUAACAUCGGCCCGAGCUGUGUUCAUGAAUGUUCGAUGUUAAGUUUGUGAACAAAUCAUUCUUUUGAGUCAGAUCAUUUCAGUUCAUUGAUCCGGCUGUACUACUUUUAUAAUCUUUUUUUUUUAUUAAGCUUCAAGGCAGAUGUAACAUCAUACAGGUUCCAGAAUGUUGAUUUUUGAGUCUGUAAAGAAUAACGGAUAAUUUAGCACAUGCUGUGUCUAAACUACUGUAUGUUUGUCUUUGUGAUGUUAAACUGUUUGAUGUAAACCACCAACCUUUCCUUUCUAAAUUUAGCCCUUAGGAUAACUCUCAACUGCCUUUAAGAUAAUAGACAUUAAAGAGGAUCUAUUUUUAACAAAAUGUCUGAUUACAAAGGCUUUAAAGUCAUGCAUGUUGAAUGAAUGGAUAAAUUAUGACAGUGUUUUAAUAGCAAAGCAAAACUUGACUUCCUUUCAUUUUGAAGGAACAUAUGGUUUCUGUCAUAGUUUGAGAAUUAUCCCGAUAUGAACUAAAAUAGUUAUUUUUAUGUUUUUUAAAUGGUCUUUUACCUAUAAUUAAAUGCAAUUAUACAUCAUAAGAUUGUGUGUAGAUUACUGGCAUUAUUGCAAUGAAGGUCAUUGUGCUGUGCAAAUGAUUAUUUCAGGUCUUGCAAGUGUCAGUCAUCUGCAUGGGCAAUAUUUGGACAUUUAUUAGGACAUUUAAAUCAAUCAUAAGGAGACUUUUAUAAUUUAAUACUUUUAUUCUUUUUGAGAGGUACAGUUAUUAUUUUAAAGAUAAUCAUCUGUUGUAGUGAUUUUACAAGCAUUUUCAAUCUGUUAAAACUGGUCCACUGUUUGUUACAUUCUUUUUCUUACGCCAUUAUAAUUUAAUGAAGUAUU